AUGUACGACACCCUGUGCCGACAUUUCAUGCCCAGCUACGGCAAUGACUGGGUCAAAGCACCCAACUUUGCUCGACUGGCAAAGCGGUCAGUGCAGUUUGAUAAUUUCUACGUCGGAUCCAUGCCCUGCAUGCCGGCCAGACGCGAAAUGCACACCGGCCGCUACAAUUUUCUGCACCGCUCCUGGGGGCCGCUGGAGCCCUUCGAUGAUUCAAUGCCAGCCAUUCUCGAUGCCAACGGCGUGCAUACGCACAAGGUGACAGACCACUAUCACUACUGGGAAGACGGUGGCGCAACGUACCACCAGCGCUUCACAACAUUCGAUCUGGUGCGCGGCCAGGAGGGUGACAAAUGGAUCGGUGACGUCGGCAAACUGCGCGACCCGAACUACGGGGCAGAGCGAUGGCCGGAACACCAGCGGGUCAGGCUGCAGAAACAGGAUAAUAUCAAUCGGGAACACAUGACACGCGCAGCCGAGCAACCCCAAUAUAAAACUUUCAGCCUCGGGCUGGAUUUCAUCGAGCGCAAUCUGGAAACGGAUGACUGGUAUGUGCAGAUCGAAACCUUCGACCCCCAUGAACCAUUUUUCUCCCAGCAGGAGUUUCAUGACCUCUACCCGCACGAAUACGACGGUCCUGAAUUUGAUUGGCCACCCUAUCGGGAAGUGAGGGAAGAUGAGCAGACUAUCCAACACAUCCGCUACAUGUAUGCGUCCCUCGUCUCAUUCUGCGACCAGCAGCUGGGCCGCGUAUUAGAUCUGUUUGACAAACACAAUCUGUGGGAAGACACCCUGCUGAUUGUUAAUACCGAUCAUGGUUUUCUGAUGGGGGAACACGACUGGUGGGCAAAAGUGGUCACGCCAUUUUUCCAGGAAGUUGCGCACAUACCAUUCUGGAUCUACGACCCACGACAACCGGAAUGUGUUGGCCAUAAGCGCAACGCGCUGGCGCAGACUAUUGAUUUACCGCCGACCAUCCUGGAUUACUUUGGUGUCGACAUUCCAGCCGACGUGCAAGGCAGCACGCUGACAGAGCGUAUGCUCUACGAUGAGCCACAUAGACAAGCCGUCCUAUAUGGUGUCAUGGGGGGGCAGGUAAAUGUCACAGAUGGCCGAUACGUCUAUAUGCGAGCCCAUGCAACUGAAAACAACACCCCUUUAUUUGAUUACACACUGAUGCCAACCCACAUGCACAGCAUGUUCUCUGUCCGUGAGAUGCAGGACUGGGACAAACACGAGGGUUUUGUGUUCACCAAAGGCUGUCCCGUUAUGCAGAUUCCAACACGCACCCCGAAGGCUUUCCUGACUAAUAAAACGCCUUACGGCAGCGGGCGGACGGCCACGUUACUGUUUGAUGUGGUGAAUGAUCCUGCCCAGGAACAGCCGAUUUUCGACAUUGAAGUUGAAGCACGCAUGAUGACGCUGAUGAUCAGAGAAAUGGCCCGCAAUGACUGUCCUCCGGAACAGUAUGAACGCCUUGGGAUUCCCGCAGCAGCAGCCAACCAGGGCAUAAGGGCGUUGCCCAUGAUGCCAUUUCGCAGCCUGAUGGAGAAUGCGCCAGAACAUUACGUCGCCAAAAGUCUUCACGCUGCACCCAUGUAUGAUCUCCUGAUUAAGAAUGCGACUGUUGUUGACGGUACUAAUCAAGCAGAAUUCCGCGCAGAUGUUGCGGUCAGCAGCGGCAAAAUUGUGGCUGUCGAUAAGGACUGCAAAUUAGCGGGUGCGACCAGGACGGUAGACGCCAGCGGCUUACUCCUGACACCUGGGUUCGUAGAUAUUCACACCCACUACGACGGUCAGGUCUGCUGGGACAAGCAGGUCACACCCAGUUCAUGGCAUGGCGUGACCACUGUAGUGAUGGGCAACUGUGGUGUGGGUUUUGCGCCGGUACACCCGGGCACUGAAGGAGAACUGGUCGCGCUGAUGGAAAGCGUUGAAGACAUUCCCGGCACUGCCCUGCACGAAGGCAUACCCUGGGGUUGGGAGUCUUUUGGCGAAUACCUGGACACCAUCGAUACACCCUACACUAUGGAUAUCGGCACCCAGGUACCUCAUGUGGCCAUUCGACAUUACGUGAUGGGAGAACGCUGUUACGACGAUGCUACAGCCAGUGACAUGGCUGAAAUGCGCGAUAUCACCCACCAGGCGCUCAAAGACGGCGCGCUGGGAUUUUCUACCUCAAGGUUUUAUGGACAUAUGGACAAACGUGGCCAGGUUGUGCCUGGAACCCACGCCUCUGCCGAAGAAAUGUGCACCAUCGGCGAGGCGUUUGCUGGACUCGACCAUGGCACGAUAGAGAUCAUUUCAGAUUACCUGGAAGAUGACGAAGAACUCUCCUGGAUCGAACACAUUGUGCGCAGUACCGGUCGCCCGAUUACCACUCUGGCCAGUGCAAACAAAGGUAAACUCUGGCAGCUUGCCGAACGACUUGAGGCAGAUGGUUUAACGCUACGCCCACAGAUUGGCGCACGCCCGGCUUCGAUUCUGAUGACCCUUGAGGGCACCAUCAACCCGAUGCGGCAACACACCGCUUAUCGCGAAAUCCAACACUUAGGUUUAAGUGAACGACAGGACGCCUUGCAGGAUCCCGGAUUUCGCCAGCGUGUGCUCACAGAAGCGCCUAUAUUGCCACGCAACAAAGACGCGCAACGUUUCAUGAAUGACUACCAGCGUAUUUUUGUGAUGGACGAAGCGUUGAGUUACGAGCCCGGUGCAGCCGACUCCGUCGCCGGGAUCGCUGCAGCUAAAAAUCUCAACCCUCUCGAGGUGAUCAUGGACACCAUGGCCGCAGGCAUUCCACUGCUGGUGUUCUUCACGGGCUACAAAGACGACCUUGAACCACAGCGCAGAAUCAUCGAAGAAAAACUAUCGGUGUUUGGCUUAUCCGAUGGCGGCGCGCAUUGUGGCGUACUUGUUGACGCCAGUGUACCCACUUACAUGCUGGCCUAUUUCACUCGGGACCGACAGCGCGGCCCAAAGAUGUCAUUACCUUUUGUUGUGCACAAAUUGACCCAGGAUACAGCCAGUCUUUACGGGCUUCACGAUCGCGGCGUCAUUGCGCCCGGGUACAAAGCCGACCUCAAUCUCAUCGAUUACAAAAAACUGAAAUUACACGCACCGGAAAUGGCAUACGACUUACCGGCCGGCGGCAAACGGCUGGUUCAAAAAGCAGACGGUUACCAUAUGACCGUCUGCAAUGGCGAGGGGAAGCCAAUGAGAACUUUACGUGCCGCGAUCUAUCGCAGCUGCACUCUGGUGUGCCUGGCUGCAGCUGCACUGUUAGUACCCGCAACCAGCAUCGCCGACUCCGUCCCACCACCUGACAACACCCUUUCUGAAGCUGAGCGAAAUGCAGGCUGGCAAUUACUGUUUGACGGCCAAAGCCUUGAGCAGUGGCGUACUUACGGUGAGCAGACGACUAGAUCGGCAUGGCAGAUUCAAGACGGCGCAAUUGUCCUCACCCAACGGGGCGGCGGCGACCUGAUAACCCGUGAAGCCUUUGAAAACUUUGAACUUCAAUUGCAGUGGAAGAUUGCUGAAGGCGGCAACAGCGGUAUAUUUUUUAAUGCAGACGAGAGCGAACUACCUAUCUACGUGCACGCGGCAGAAAUUCAGAUCCUUGACGACGCCCGUCAUCCGGAUAAUAAAAAGGCAAACAGAUUUGCUGAAAAUGCAAAUGGCUAUAUCGGCUUACAGGGUUUUGCAUACGAUGCCGUGGUGGUCGGCUCUGGUGCUGGUGGCGGCAUGGCAGCCUUUGUCCUCACUCAGGCCGGUCAUCGGGUACUGAUGCUGGAAGCGGGUCGCGACUACGACCCGAAAACUGAAACGCCGAUGUUUAACACCGCGGCCCAGGCGCCAUUACGUGGCACUGCUACGCCAGACAAACACUUUGGUUUCUACGAUGCUACCGUAGAUGGCGGUUGGGAAGUCCCCGGAGAACCCUAUACCACCGCGCCGGGCAGUGAAUUUCUCUGGUGGCGGGCGCGCAUGUUAGGUGGCCGAACAAAUCACUGGGGCCGUUUUUCGCUGCGAUUCAGCGAACAUGAUUUCAAAGCUUACAGUCGUGAUGGCCUGGGGGCAGAUUGGCCCAUCGAAUAUUCUGAUCUCGCGCCCUGGUACGACAAAGCUGAAACGCUGAUUGGCGUUUCAGGAGACAACCCCGGGCUCGAUGAUAUGCCUGAUUCGUCACCAGGGGUAUUACAGCCACCGCCACCGCCCCGGGUGCCGGAGUUACUGCUGUCAGCCGCAGCCAGGAAACUUGGCAUACCAACAGCGUAUAUGCAUCGCGCUGUGCUGACGAAACCGCUGGAUGAUCGACAGGCUUGUUUUUACGCAACCCCAUGCGGCCGUGGCUGCUCUAUCGGUGCGGCUUUCCAGACCACAACCUCUUUAUUACCGAUGGCGAUGGCAACCGGCCGUUUGAAAAUUGUUACCAACGCGAUGGUCAGCAAAGUAACAAGCGACCAGAACGGUAGAGCGCAGAGCGUCACCUAUGUGGACCGAAUAACGCAAAAAGCCAUCAACGUCCCGACAAGGGUAUUAAUACUGGCAGCCAGUGCCUGCGAAAGCGCACGCAUUCUGCUGAACUCCAGGGACGAUAGACAUCCUCACGGCCUGGCUAACAGCAGUGGUGAGCUGGGACGCAACCUUAUGGAUUCCACCGGCGCCAACUUUGCAGGUUACAUUCCCAGCCUGGAAAACCGACCGCGAUACAAUGAAGACGGUAAUACGUCCAACCACCUGUUCAUUCCCUGGUGGGGACACAAAGCACAGGCCCGCGGCGAGCUCGAUUUCGCACGAGGUUAUCAUUUCGAAUUGGGUGGCGGUUUUGGUGCACCGGGGAUGAGUAUCGGCAGGUUGGCUGAAGGGUAUGGAGCUGCUUUGAGAGCCGGCGUCCAGAAAGGUUAUGGUUCAAGCAUUGGUCUGGCGCUGAGAGGCGAAAUGCUCCCUAAUUCCAAUUGUUAUAUGGAAGUUGACAAACAGGUGGUCGACAAAUGGGGCAUUCCCGUACCCAAGUUCCACUGGCGCUGGUCAGAACAGGAAUUAAAUCAGAUCGCUCACGGCCAGAAAACAGCACAUCAGAUCAUCAAAAUCAUGGGCGGUCAGGUUUAUAACCCAGACCAAACUCCGGAAGAUGCGCUGAAAAAAGGCGGCGAGAUCAUCCAUGAAGUGGGCACCACGCGCAUGGGUUCAAACCGCCGGGAUUCAGUCACCAAUCAAUGGGGCCAGGCCUGGGAUAUGCCUAACCUGUUUGUCAUGGACGGCGGCGUCUUUGCUUCAAAUCCGCAUAAAAACUGUAUGAAGACCAUGAUCAGCCGCCGCGAGUCACUGCGACGGAUGAUGCUAUUGGCCGCUGGCUGGGGUAUGCCUUUCAGCUUCGCGGCGGCCAGCGACCUCAGCGCUGCGGACUGGGUAAGCGUUGAUCCAAAGCCUGUGAGUGCACCGGGCUAUGGUACGGACCCAAACUUACUGCAUCCGGCACCGGCGCCCUGGCCUAAAACCCUCACAGAUGAGCAGCUGACGCUGAUCUCCACCCUGGCGGAUAUCCUGAUACCCGCAGACGGCACUUCGCCGAGUGCGUCCAGCGCAGGUGUGGUCGAGGUUCUGGAUGAAUGGGUGAGCGCCCCUUAUCCAAGCCAACAGGCACACCGGGCCCAGAUUCUCUCUGGCCUGCAGUGGUGCAACGCCCAGGCACAACAUCUGUUUGGUGAACCGUUUACGGCACUUAAGCCUGACCAGCAGCUGAAUAUCAUUGAUGAGAUCGCAUACCCCAUCGCCGAUGACCCAGAGGAUGAGCAGUCACCGGUUCAAUUCUUCAGUCUGUUGCGCACCCUGGUUGCCGGUAUGUAUUACACCAGUCCAGCGGGCGUGCUGGAACUGGAUUAUCAGGGCAAUGUGCCGAUCAGCGGAGAUUACCCGGGGCCAAGCAUAUCCGGUGGGUGGGCGGCUAAAGAGCUGACCGAGCGCGGGUUGAAUGUCCUGUUGUUGGAGCGCGGCAAAGACGUUGAACAUGUCAAAGACUACAUCAACGCCCGCAAAGGUCCCUGGGAAUACCCGCACCGUGGACAACGCACCUACGCCAUGGAAGAAGCUUACCCUGUCUUACGUCGCGACUAUCCGUUAAACGAGCGCAACCUGGACUGGUGGGCGUCCGACCAGGACUCACCCUAUACCGAGGUGAAACGGUUCGACUGGUAUCGCGGCUAUCAGGUUGGAGGCCGGUCACUCACCUGGGGGCGGCAGAGUUAUCGACUGGGAGACCUCGACUUUGAAGCCAACGCGCGCGAAGGUAUCGCGGUAGAUUGGCCUGUCCGCUACGACGAGUUGAAACCCUGGUACGACCACGUUGAACGUUUUGCCGGUAUUUCCGGUUCGAAAGAGCGGCUGCCACAACUGCCGGAUGGCGAGUUUCAGCCUGCAAUGCCUUUAAACUGUGGUGAACAACAGGCCGCAGAGCGUCUGCAAAGUGCCUUUGAUGGGCAACGUCAUAUCAUUCCCGGUCGGGUGGCCAACCUUACCCAACCCCUUCCAGGUCGAUCACCGUGCCAGUACCGGGCCGCCUGCUAUCUGGGCUGCCCAUACGGUGCCUAUUUCAGCAGCCAAUCAUCUACGCUGCCCGCUGCGAUGGCGACAGGCAGACUGAUUCUGCGGCCGUUUGCCAUCGUUACCGAACUGAACUACGACAAAGAUACACAGCGGGUUGUUGGCGUGCGCGUGCAGGACGCGGUCACUAACAAUACAACUGAGUACCAGUCGAAAAUUGUUUUCCUGUGUGCCUCCACCCUCAAUUCAACCUGGCUGUUAAUGCGCUCAGCAACAGACGUGUGGCCUGGCGGCUUAGGCAGCAGUUCGGGUGAGUUAGGCCACAACCUGAUGGACCACCAUUUUCGCCUGGGUGCGCGCGGACGCCUGGAAGGCCUGGACGACAAAUACUAUUUUGGGUCACGCCCAACCGGCUUCUACAUCCCACGCUACAGAAACAUCAACGGCGACAAACGUGACUAUUUGCGUGGCUUUGGAUACCAGGGUUCCGCCUCGCGGGGCGACUGGUCGCGAGCGGUCAGAGAAUUGGGCAUUGGCGCCAAAUUCAAAGACGCCCUCACGCAGCCCGGGCAGUGGAGCAUCGGUGCCACCGCGUUUGGCGAGAUGUUACCCGACCAUAAUAAUAAAAUUUCGAUAGACGAAACACGCACAGAUAAAUGGGGGCAACCGGUCCUCGCUAUCGAUUGCGAAAUUGGAGAAAACGAAAAACUCAUGCGCAUAGACAUGAUGAAUGACAUGGCGGAAACCCUGCAGGCGGCAGGCGCUGUAGAUGUUCAAACCUAUGACGCAGGUUAUGCCCCCGGCCAGGGUAUCCACGAGAUGGGUACAGCGCGUAUGGGGCGGGAUCCCACCACGUCUGUGUUAAACCGCUGGAACCAGGUCUGGGACGCCCCUAACGUGUUUGUUACGGAUGGCUCGUGUAUGACCUCCGCCGCCAAUCAGAAUCCUUCGCUUACCUAUAUGGCGCUUACUGCACGUGCAGCAGACUAUGCAGUGGCAGAACUGAAACGUCAGAAUCUGUAG